UUUUCUUUCUUUGUUCGCCAUGUCUGCACAAUUGCCUGAAUUCACAAAAGAACAAUAUCCAGCUGAUCUGGAAUUGAAGCUAUUACAAAUAGUCCAUCGACACGGUGAGCGCUCACCUGUGAGAAGAAGACUUAAGGGUAUUAUCCCUCCUGUCUGGAACUUAUGUGCAGCCAACUCUGCCAUGUUUGCUACUAUUGCUCAGUUUGAACAGAAAAAUGAGAUUGUAUCUCGCUUAGAUGUAGCGCCCGUUGAACGCUUGGUCGAGACAAAAGAAACAGAAAGUCGUUCAGUGCCUAUCGAAUCAGGUGGAUGCUAUUAUGGUCAAUUGACGAAUUUAGGAAGAUAUAGAAUGACAACUUUGGGCCAACGUAUCCGACACCAGUACAUUGAAAAGUUAAACUUUUUACCUGAUGUGUAUGAUGAGAAAAGCAUUUAUGUGAGAAGCAGUGAUUAUAUUCGUACGCAGGAAUCUGUACAGCAGUUGGUAGCAGGAGGCCUAUACCCACAGGAUAAGCGACCAAGCGACUUUUUGUUAAAGCUUCGAAUCCGAGAUCCAAGGGAUGAUUUAAUGUUUCCUAAUCCCAACUGUUAUCGACUUCGUAAAUUGACCAAAGAGUUUAACAAGACUGUGUCGGACAUGAUGCAAGAUAAAUUCAAGUCACUUUCCAAGAAAUUGGAAAAAUAUGUUUCUGGUGUUUCCUUGGAUAGUCAUCCCUCAGCAAAUGGAAUUUUAGACACGCUUGUUGCAGCCAAGGUCCAUGGAUUCAAGAUACCUGCCGAUAUUACGGAUGAGGUGUUUGAGGAUUUAGAAGAGAUUGUGGUAAAGGAGUGGUUUUAUGGCUCUAUGAAAUCACAGGAAGUACGCCGAUUAGGACUGGGUAGAUUGAUGGGUGUAAUAAGAGAUCGUAUGACUCUUCAAGAACAGGGAAAGAACGAUCAGCUAAAGUUGGCGAUUUAUUCUGGUCAUGAUACUACUGUGGGUCCACUUUUAAUCAUAUUAAACGCAUUUGAUGAUAGAUGGCCUCCUUUUGGUAGUGCAGUUUUAUUCGAACUAUUCAAACAAAAGAAAAGCCAACAGCAUUUUGUCAGAGUUCGUUAUAAUGAAAAGACAUUAGAGUUACCCGGAUGUUCCCAAAAGGGUCAACACAAGGAUGGCGACAAGAGUCUUUGCACGCUUGAAGCAUUCAACAAAAUUGUCAAAGACCAAGUACCGCUUGAUUGGGAAAAAGAAUGCACAAUUUAAAAAUUAGGAAGUACAAAUUAAAACGAUUGGUUUUAAAAUUA